CUAAACCCGGCUGCGGCUAAAAACCUCCCUUCCUUUUUUGUAUGAAGCCUAGCUGUAGAUGGCCAUAAGGCCCUUGAAUUUCACAACAAUCUCUCUUCACCACCAUCGCCACCGUCUCCACCUUGCUCUCCUCUUCUUCCCUUCUCCUAUCUCCUCCUCCGCUUCCCCCCUUUCUCCUACCUCCCCCUCUCCCCUUUCCUUCAUCCGCGGAGUCGCCUCCAAAACUUCCUCCGUUCCCCUCUCUCAACACCAACAAAAACAGAAAAAAGACCUUUUGUUGAGAGAGCUAAAAGAAACCGAAACCCUGGCUCAAAAGAUCGGCAAAUCUAUUAGGCGCCCCGGCGCCCCUUCCAAGUCUAGGGUUUUCUCCGAUGUCAACGUUGUUCGUCCUAAAGAAUACUGGGACUACGAGUCGCUCACCGUCCAAUGGGGGGAACAGGAUGACUACGAGGUGGUGAGGAAAGUUGGGAGAGGGAAAUACAGCGAGGUUUUUGAGGGUGUUCACUGUACCGAUAACGAGAAAUGUAUUAUCAAGAUUCUCAAACCAGUCAAGAAGAAGAAGAUUAAGAGGGAGAUUAAGAUACUGCAGAAUCUUUGUGGAGGGCCCAAUAUUGUGAAGUUGCUGGAUAUAGUUAGGGAUCAGCAAUCGAAGACUCCAAGUCUUAUAUUUGAAUAUGUGAAUAAUACGGAUUUUAAAGUGCUUUAUCCUACGCUGUCUGAUUAUGAUAUUCGAUAUUAUAUCUACGAACUUUUGAAGGCAUUGGAUUAUUGCCACUCGCAAGGUAUUAUGCACCGAGAUGUGAAGCCCCAUAAUGUGAUGAUUGAUCAUGAGCAGCGGAAACUUCGUCUUAUUGAUUGGGGCCUUGCAGAGUUUUAUCAUCCAGGGAAAGAAUACAAUGUUCGUGUUGCUUCAAGAUAUUUUAAAGGUCCUGAGCUUCUUGUUGACUUGCAAGACUACGAUUACUCUUUAGACUUGUGGAGCCUUGGUUGUAUGUUUGCUGGAAUGAUAUUCCGAAAGGAGCCAUUCUUCUACGGGCAUGAUAAUUAUGAUCAACUGGUCAAGAUUGCCAAGGUUCUCGGGACAGAUGAAUUAAAUGCUUAUCUGAAUAAGUACCGCAUAGAAUUGGAUCCACAUCUUGCGGCCCUUGUUGGGAGGCACAGUCGCAAACCAUGGUCAAAGUUCAUUAAUGUGGACAAUCAACAUCUUGCCUUGCCUGAGGCUGUUGACUUCCUUGAUAAGUUGCUUCGAUAUGAUCAUCAAGAAAGGCCAACUGCUAAAGAAGCAAUGGCUCAUCCUUACUUCUAUCCAAUUAGAAAUGCUGAAAGCAGCAGAACUCGUGCCUAGCAUUGCCAAAUCCGUGAUGCCGUCAAGACAUUGGCAUCUUCUUUGUGCUUGGUUGGAUCCUGGCUUUGUAGUCUGACUGAAGAUUUUAAUGUCGGUGGUUGAGCUUGAAGUUAGAAGUCUUUCAAUAAUCUUCUGUGAUUUUCGUUUCUCUCCCAAGGGAAAUUUUAGUUUACUCUGACUUUCAUAUUUGUCCAACUAUUGCUGAUAAUCCUCUGUGUGUUCUUCAGAUGGGAAACAAUUCUUAAAUCUGAUUUCGGUUUGCUCCUUACUACUGAA